AUGGCGACUGCUAUUUUGUACCCAGGAGUCAAUCAGUUUGAGGCCACCUCUGACAACAUCGAUCUCGUCAAUACGCUUGGUGGAGAGAAGCCCGAUGCUCCGGACAUCUACCAGCAGUCAGAGUUCGACAAAGAGAAGGACACCACAACCUUCCGUCAAUUCGAAGAUGCUUGCGAUCGAGUCAAGUCAUUAUAUGCUCAGCAACACACCCUUCAGACCGUGGCAUACAACAUGAAGGCUAGGGAUGACUUCUACAGCAAGACCCGAGCAGAGAUGACCGUCUGGGAGGCCCUGGAGAAACUGGACACGUUCGUGGAUGAGUGCGACCCUGACACUCAGGAGUCCCAGUUGACUCAUCUACUACAAACCGCCGAGGCACUCCGUCAGGAUGGUAAGCCUCGUUGGAUGCAGCUGGUCGGACUGAUUCACGACCUCGGUAAACUGCUGUUCUUCUACGGUGCAAAUGGUCAAUGGGACGUGGUCGGAGACACAUUCCCUGUUGGCUGCGCUUUUGAUGAAAAGAUCAUCUUCGGCACAAAGUCCUUCAAGAACAACGAAGACUACAACAACGAAGUCUACAAGACAAAGCUGGGCAUUUACUCGAAGGGGUGUGGACUGGACAACGUGAUGCUCUCCUGGGGCCACGAUGAGUAUCUUUACCACGUCGUCAAAGACCAGUCCACCAUUCCUGCAGAGGGCUUGGCCAUGAUCAGAUACCACUCUUUCUACCCAUGGCACCGUGAAGGCGCCUACAACGAAUUCAUGAACGAGAAAGACGUGGCUAUGCUCAAGGCUGUGCGAGCUUUCAACCCUUACGACCUGUACAGCAAGAGCGAGGCUCCACCAGACGCUCAGUCCCUUAAGCCUUACUACUCGAAGCUCAUUGACGAGUACUUCCCUAACCCUGUUGUUAGAUGGUGA